AUGUACUACGACCGCUACGCCACCAUCUGCCACUCACUGUGCCAUUUGCUCAUCACGAACAACACGACCUGUGGAAAGAUGGUGGCCGCCUCCUGGUUCACCGGGGUGAUGUUUGGUGUCUUGUAUUUAGCUUCAACUUUCUCCCUGAGCUUCCUCUUUGUCAUGGCUUGUUUGUUUGCUUACAUGAGGCCUCCGUUAGGUUCCCACUCGAAGCUGGACCUGCUGUUGAUGGUGUUCUACACCUUGGAGCUCCUGGCCCUGAACCCUCUCAUCUACAGCCAGAAGGAACAGGGACACGAACAAUGCCCAGGGGACAUUCGGACCAGGGCAGCAUUGCAGGAGGGUUUGCAGGAGCAGAAACCAGCCUUUAGCAGGGACGAGAUAGUGGAAGCCACUAGUACUGGAAUCACUUUCUCUGCUCAAGUUCUCAGUUGCAUGGUCUUUAUCACCUGUUAUGAGGAGCAUGUCGCCGUUGACAUGAGCGUCACCACCGGGAUAACAUUAGGCAUCGUCUGUUUCAUUCUCAUUAUCAUCUCGUACGUGCACAUCUUCCGGGCCGUGCUGAGGAUGUCAGCCGCCGAGAGCCGGGUCAAAGCCUUCUCCACCUGCCUGCCCCACCUCGCCGUCAUCACCGUUUUCUUCUUUGCAGGUGUAUCUAUCCACAUCAAGCCGCCCUCACACUCCUCCUUGACCAUGGGUCUGCUGGUGCCUGUGUUCUACACAUGGUACCCCCCUCCCUGA